AUGACAUUGAACUAUAAUAUCCAUCCAGUAUCUUAUUUGAAUGCUGAUAACUACAGUAGUAGUAAUGGUAGCACCACUAAUCAAUCACAACAGAGGCAACAGUUUCAACAACCAGCCCAGUUGUUGCAACAACAACACCAACAACAGCAGCAACAGCAGCAACAACAACAACAACAACAACAACAGCAGCAGCAGCAGCAACAGCAGCAACAGCAGCAACAACAGCAGCAGACUCAAAGAGCCUCCAUUAGUAACAAAUCCCCCUCUGCUGAUUUGGAGUUGGAUAAUGUCACAUCGCCUUCUUCAGUAACAUCGUCACACACACCACGCACAAAUAAUGCUCACGGAAGCCCUCAUUCUUCGUUUACCUCGCAUUCGUUGGCCAACUCGCCAAUCGAGCAAUCUAAAGCAAAACCAAGUAAUUUGUCGAUAAGUAAUGGACAGCCAUCAACAAUUCCAACUAUUUCGACUUCUUCAUUGCCAUCCAGGAGCUCAACAGACCAAGAACAGCAAGUUCAACAACAACAACAACAACAACAGCCUCAACAACAGGCUCCUCCUCCUCCUCUCCAGCAGCUGACGUCACAGCUUACCCAGCAACAUGCUUCUACCUUGAAUAACACUAUGUCAACCUCCCCAUUCAUGGAUACAUUGGCUUCAGGUUCCACCAUUCCACAGGUACAACACCAACAAGUUCAAGUUCAGCCACCAACCCAAUUGCACCCAAGUUUAAACCACACCUAUAAUAAUCAUUCUUAUUACCACCAACAACAACAACAACAGCAGCAAAUUCAAUCUCAACCGCAAAGACAACCGUUUCAAGAGCCAGCUCAGUUGCAACAGCAGCCCGCACCUCAGCAACAAUUACUUCACCAUCAUCAGCCCAACUACAAUGAGAUUACUAAUGAUCACUUUCAUCAAACUUUAGUAAGCGGUAUGCCUCAAAUGAAUAACAACGAAGCUAAACCAAAUUCAACGUUUAAUUCGUAUACAACAGCAACUGCCGCAACAGCAGUACCAAUUGCCAAACCGCCUAAAAAGGUGUACAAAAAGAUUAGAGAAGAAGAUCUCAGAGGUCCAUUCAAAUGUUUAUGGGGUGAGUGUAAUAUAAUUUUUGAUACACCCGAGUUACUAUAUGACCAUUUGUGUGACGAUCAUGUUGGAAGGAAAUCUUCAAAUAAUUUGAGUUUAACUUGUUAUUGGGAAAAAUGCGGUACCACAACGGUAAAGAGAGAUCAUAUCACCUCUCAUCUACGAGUCCAUGUACCUUUGAAGCCAUUCCAUUGUGAUUUGUGCCCCAAGUCUUUCAAGAGACCACAGGAUUUGAAAAAGCAUUCCAAAAUACAUGCAGAUGAUCAUCCAAAGAAGUUGAAAAAGGCACAAAGGUUAUUAUUGAAGCAACAACAGAAGGAAGCCAAACAAAGACAAAAAUUGGGUAAAUUGAUGGGUGGAGCUGAUUUGGUUUACAACCCGACUACUGCUUUGGGAGUCGAUGAUGAAUUCAGCAGGAAAAGAAGAUUUGAUAAUUCACAACACAAUAUGUAUGUUGUCAACAGCAUUUUGAACGAUUUCAAUUUCCAGCAAAUGACUCACCCUAACGGAGGAGCAUAUACACUGCAACCACAACAGCAACAUCAAUCAGCAGCACCUCAAGAACAAUACAAAAGAAUGAAACCAUACUCUGACUACAAUAUGGAUAUUUUCAACAGGUUGAAUCAUUUGGAUGAACAGUUUCGCACACAACAUACACACGCACACCCUGCUCAUGCCCCACAAACACAAGUACAAACUCAGCAGCAGCAGCAGCAGCAACAACAACAACAACAGCAGCAGCAGCAACAAUCACAACCUGCUCAACAUCAUUAUCAUCCAACCUAUACAAGCAACGGUAGUGCAAAUAACGGAAACAUCUACGAAGCUGAAAAAUUCUUCAAUUCCUUAUCCAGUUCAAUCGAUAUGCAAUAUCAAAACUUAUCCUCGCAAUAUCACCACCAGCAGCAGCAGCAACAACAACAACAACAACAACAACAACAGCAACAGCAAAAUCAACAACCUCAUCAAUCGAUACAACUACAACAGCAACAGCAGCAAGCAGCACCACAACAGUCACCAGCUUCGUUAUAUCCAUCUUUACCAACGCUAUCAAAUAAGGAUACAAUGGGUAUAUCCAAUGGUACAUCUUUGGUAAAUUAUAACACGUCCACGUCAACAUUCCCGCAAAUCAAUAGACCUAUGAGUUAUAGUGUACAUUCACAGUCCUACUGUAGCCAACAAGGCGGUGCUAAUGCUGGAAGUAUGGAGUUUAAUGGAGUUUCAGUUUAUCAGAAAACAGCUCAAAAACUCCAUAAACACUCUGCAUCUGAAACCGAGUCUGAAAUAGACUCAGAAUCAGAGACAAAGUCAGAGUUAGAAUCAGAGUUUGAGUACACGGAAUCUUCUGAAGAGGAAGAGGAAGAAGCGGAAUUUGAAUCUUUGUUCAAUAAACUAAACUUGAGUACUGAGAGAAAAGAAGAUGACAAUGAAAAAGAAGAAGAAGAAGCCGAAGAGGUAGUUAUUGAUGGUUAUAAUCUUAAAGAUGUUGCAAGACAUCGUGAAUUAAUUCAUCAGGUUGUUGCUUUUAUCCGAUUACAGAUCAAAGAACAGGAAGAGAAUCAAAAAAGGCAAGUCAAUGGAUUGGGUGAGAAGAGAUUGUAUCCUUCAUUACAGCGUUUUGAAGUAUGGUGA